AUGAGCCGAGCAACACCGCGCAAGGCGCGUCACACCCGCAAUCCCUCCAACCUCAUCCCCGCCGUCUCCGACUACGAGUCCGACGCCGCCGCCAUGCAAGCCUCGUACGCGCCGCCGCCACCGCGGACCAACACGGAGCUCAACCUGUCCGUCCUCCAGCGCUACCUGCCCUCCAUCCAGGGCAUCCUCAGCAUCGCCGCCAACGCCGUCAUCUACACCUUCGACAGCAGCUCCGAGAGCUGGGACAAGUCGGGCAUCGAGGGGACCCUCUUUGUCUGCGCGCAGAGCCCCGCGCCAGAGGACGCCAGCCACCACCCGCGCGCCUGCGUCUUCGUCCUCAACCGCCGAGGCCUCGACAACCUCGUCGUGGACCUCGCGAGGGUGAGCCAUGUCGAGAUUGCGGGCGAACUGGUCAUCCUGCGGGUUGAGGCUGGCUGGGAGGAAGGCGACAAGGUACUUGGCAUCUGGAUACACAACGACAAGGACGAGACACGCGAGAUCAACGGCGCCAUGAUCCAGGAGAGUUGGAAGGCCGUGCAGUCCGUCGGCGCGUCCGGACAGGGUCAGGAGGCAGGCCCAGCCAUGCAGGCCAUAGGAAGGCGCCUGUCGCUGAGCGAUUUGUUUGGGAAGCAGAAUGGUGCGGCCGCAGGGCACUGA